AUGAGGUUCCAGGCCUUUUGCAGCAGGAAAGAUGAGUCCGUAGGUAUGCGGUCCAAGGCAUCCAGAAAUGCCUUGCUUCUGCAGCGCGCUGGGGCGUGCCCACGGUGGGCACCGGGCUUAUCCCGGAAGGCUGCCCCGCCGAGCCUCUGGAGUGUCUGGCGUGCUCUCAGGGGCCGCCCGUUUUCUCCGAGGCGGCGGCGCCGAAAGACUGCAGGGUACUCUGCAGCACACAAUGGAGUUUUAACAUUGGAUGCGGAGAACAUUGAUUGUGACUGCCCAGUCCCAAACUUCCAUAAAUGUGAAAUCUGUCUGCUGUCUUUUCCUAAAGAGUCCCAGUUUCAACGCCACAUGAGGGAUCAUGAGCGAAAUGACAAGCCACAUCGAUGUGAUCAGUGCCCCCAAACAUUUAAUGUUGAAUUCAACCUGACACUUCACAAAUGUACCCACAAUGCAGAAGACCCUACUUGCCCUGUGUGUAACAAGAAGUUCUCCAGAGUGGCUAGUCUCAAAGCGCAUAUUAUGCUCCAUGAAAAGGAAGAGAACCUCAUCUGUUCUGAGUGUGGGGAUGAGUUCACAUUGCAGAGCCAACUGGCCAUACACAUGGAGGAGCACCGACAGGAGCUGGCCGGUAAGCGUGUCCACACCUGCAAGGCUUGCAAGCAACAGUUUGAGACCUCGUCAGAGCUGAAGGAGCACAUGAAGACUCACUAUAAAGUUAGGGUAUCAAGGUCUUAUAAUAGGAACGUUGACAGAAGUGGUUUUACAUAUUCAUGUCCACACUGUGGAAAGACUUUUCAAAAGCCAAGCCAGUUAACACGACAUAUAAGGAUACACACAGGUGAAAGGCCAUUUAAAUGUAGUGAGUGUGGAAAAGCUUUUAACCAGAAGGGGGCGUUGCAAACCCACAUGAUAAAGCAUACAGGUGAAAAACCCCAUGCCUGUGCCUUUUGUCCUGCUGCCUUUUCUCAGAAAGGGAAUCUUCAGUCCCAUGUACAGAGAGUUCAUUCAGAGGUCAAGAAUGGUCCUACCUAUAAUUGUACAGAAUGUAGUUGUGUAUUUAAAAGCUUAGGUAGCUUAAAUACUCAUAUCAGCAAGAUGCAUAUGGGUGGCCCCCCUAAUUCCACAAGUUCUACGGAGACUGCACAUGUUAUAACAGCCACACUCUUUCAGACCUUACCUCUUCAGCAGACAGAAGCCCAGGGCCCCUCAGCCUCAAGUCAGCAGAAUUCUCAGGCAGUGACUGAUGUCAUCCAGCAACUCUUGGAACUCUCAGAGCCAGGACCUGUGGAGUCACAGCAGUCACCGCAGCCCGGGCAGCAACUAAGUAUCACAGUGGGCAUCAACCAGGACAUUCUACAGCAAGCCUUAGAAAACAGUGGGCUGUCUUCACUUCCAGUUGCAGCACCUCCCAGCGACUGCAGCCACACCAAGGCAUCCACAGCACCAACUCAGAGUCCAGACACCUCCAGUGUUUCCACCGAGCAAGGUGACCCUUCCGAUGCAGGGCAGGAUAAAGGGCAGGAAAGCCCCGAGAAGUUGGAUAAAAAAGAGAAAAAAGUGAUAAAGAAGAAGUCACCAUUUCUACCAGGCUCAAUUCGUGAGGAGAAUGGAGUGCGGUGGCAUGUGUGCCCCUACUGCACCAAAGAAUUCCGGAAACCCAGUGAUCUUGUGCGCCAUAUCCGUAUCCACACCCAUGAGAAGCCUUUCAAGUGUCCACAGUGUUUCCGGGCCUUUGCUGUGAAGAGCACGCUGACAGCUCACAUCAAAACCCACACUGGUAUCAAGGCCUUCAAGUGCCAGUACUGUAUGAAGAGCUUUUCCACCUCAGGGAGCCUCAAGGUACACAUCCGCCUGCACACAGGAGUUAGGCCUUUUGCUUGUCCUCACUGUGACAAAAAAUUUCGAACCUCAGGCCAUAGGAAGACUCACAUUGCUUCCCAUUUUAAACACACGGAAUUACGGAAGAUGAGGCACCAGCGCAAACCUGCAAAAGUUCGUGUUGGGAAGACUAAUGUUCCAGUCCCCGACAUUCCUUUGCAAGAACCAAUUCUCAUAACUGACUUAGGUCUUAUCCAGCCCAUUCCAAGAAACCAAUUUUUCCAAAAUUAUUUUAAUAAUAAUCUUGUAAAUGAAGCAGAUAGACCUUACAAGUGUUUUUACUGUCAUCGAGCAUAUAAAAAAUCUUGCCACCUUAAACAACAUAUCAGAUCACAUACAGGUGAAAAACCUUUUAAAUGUUCUCAGUGUGGAAGAGGCUUUGUUUCUGCAGGUGUGCUCAAAGCACACGUCCGGACGCACACUGGACUGAAGUCUUUCAAGUGUCUAAUAUGUAAUGGAGCCUUCACUACUGGCGGUAGCUUACGGCGACACAUGGGCAUACAUAAUGACCUCCGUCCCUAUAUGUGUCCUUAUUGCCAGAAAACAUUUAAGACCUCACUAAAUUGCAAAAAGCACAUGAAAACCCAUAGAUAUGAACUUGCCCAGCAGCUUCAGCAGCACCAGCAAGGUGCUUCAGUUGAUGACAGCCCCAUGGACCAGCAGAGCAUGCAAGUGUCAGCUCCCUUGCCAGUAGAGAUUGAGAGCACUGAGCUGCAGCAGACGGCUGAGGCAGUCACAGCAGACCCUGAGGCCAUGCUGGACCUGGGGCCACAGCAUGUGGUUGGCACAGAGCAGGGAGCACUUGGGCAGCAUCUGACAGAUCAGCCUUUGGAAGCCGAUGAAGAUGGGUUUGCAGCCCCUCAGGACCCUCUGCCAGGGCACAUAGACCAGUUUGAAGAGCAGGCUCCCCCGCAGCAGUCCUUUGAGCCAGCAGGGCUAUCACAAGGCUUUACAGUGACUGACACAUACAAUCAACAGACUCAGUUUCCACCUGUACAACAACUGCAAGAUUCUAGUACUCUUGAAUCCCAAGCCUUAUCCACAAGUUUCCACCAGCAGAACUUACUGCAGGUUUCAAGCUCUGACACAAUUAACGUAACAACUCAUUUGAUUCAGGAAUCGUCCCAAGAGGAGCUGGACCUGCAGACACAACGUCCCCAGUUCUUAGAGGAUGGUGAAGACCAGAGCAGGCGCUCUCACAGGUGUGAUUAUUGCAACAAAGGCUUCAAGAAGUCCAGCCACUUGAAGCAGCACGUGCGAUCGCACACAGGGGAAAAGCCCUAUAAGUGCAAGCUCUGUGGGCGUGGAUUCGUCUCUUCCGGUGUCCUCAAGUCCCAUGAGAAGACGCACACAGGAGUGAAGGCUUUCAGCUGCAGUGUCUGUAAUGCCUCGUUCACAACCAAUGGCAGCCUCACCAGGCACAUGGCCACACACAUGAGCAUGAAGCCUUACAAGUGUCCGUUCUGCGAAGAGGGCUUCCGCACUGCGGUUCACUGCAAAAAGCACAUGAAGAGACACCAGGCAGUCCCAUCUGUUGCAUCAGCAACUGAAGAAACAGAGGGAGGAGAUGCAUGUAUGGAGGAAGAGGAAGAAAGCUCUGACAGAAAUGCAUCAAGAAAGUCCCGUCCUGAGGUGAUCACCUUCACAGAGGAGGAGACGGCCCAGCUAGCCAAAAUUCGUCCUCAGGAGAGUGCUACGGUGUCUGAGAAGGUCCUGGUGCAAUCAGCUGCAGAAAAGGACCGCAUUAGUGAAAUGAAGGAUAAGCAGGCAGAGCUGGAGUCCGAACCUAAGCAUGCCAAUUGCUGCACCUACUGCCCCAAAAGCUUCAAGAAGCCCAGCGAUCUGGUGAGGCAUGUUCGAAUCCAUACUGGAGAAAAGCCAUAUAAAUGUGAUGAAUGUGGAAAGAGUUUUACUGUGAAAUCUACCCUUGAUUGCCAUGUGAAGACCCACACAGGUCAGAAGCUGUUCAGUUGUCAUGUCUGCAGCAAUGCCUUUUCUACAAAAGGAAGUCUGAAGGUCCACAUGCGCUUGCACACAGGAGCAAAGCCUUUCAAAUGCCCACACUGUGAGCUACGCUUUCGUACAUCUGGGCGAAGGAAGACUCACAUGCAAUUUCAUUACAAACCAGACCUGAAGAAAGCCAGAAAACCCGUGACUCGAAGCUCAUCAGAGGGACUGCAGUCUGUAAACCUUCUCAACUCUUCCUCCAGUGACCCUAAUGUGUUUAUCAUGAACAAUUCUGUCCUAACAGGACAAUUUGAUCAAAAUUUGCAAGGACUGGUGGGCCAGGCUAUUCUUCCUGCCUCAGUGUCAGCUGGUGGUGACUUGACAGUGUCUUUGACAGAUGGGAGCUUGGCCACCCUGGAUGGCAUCCAGUUACAGUUGGCUGCAAAUUUGGUUGGACCAAAUGUUCAGAUUUCUGGAAUUGAUGCCUCCAGCAUCAAUAACAUCACAUUGCAGAUUGAUCCAAGCAUUUUGCAGCAAACGCUUCAGCAGGGCAACCUUCUUACUCAACCACUCCCAGGGGAGUCUGGUGUGGCCCCACAGAACACUGGACAGACAUCCGACAGCACAGUCCCAGCCAGUGUCGUCAUUCAGCCCAUCUCAGGCCUUUCUUUGCAGCCCACAGUGACAUCUGCUAAUCUAACCAUUGGCCCGCUAUCUGAGCAGGAUUCUGUGCUGACCACCAGCAGCAGCGCAGGGACCCAGGACCUCACUCAAGUGAUGACUUCACAAGGCCUCGUGUCCACCUCCACAGGCCCACAUGAGAUCACCCUGACCAUUAACAACUCGAGUCUCAGCCAGGUUCUAGCCCAAGCUGCUGGCCCCACUUCUGCGUCAUCCUCGGGGUCUCCACAGGAGAUUACACUGACUAUCUCUGAACUUAACCCCACGAGUGGGACCCUUCCUUCAACAACACCAAUGUCGCCAUCAGCCAUCUCCACUCAGAACCUAGUCAUGUCCUCAUCAGGUGUAGGGGGAGAUGCCAGUGUUACACUGACCCUGGCUGACACUCAGGGCAUGCUGUCUGGAGGCCUGGAUACAGUUACGCUGAACAUCACCUCUCAGGGUCAACAAUUCCCAGCAUUGCUCACGGAUCCCUCUCUCUCAGGCCAAGGAGGAUCAGGCUCACCACAAGUUAUAUUGGUGAGCCACACCCCACAGUCAUCAUCGGCCACUUGUGAGGAAAUAGCUUACCAGGUGACUGAUGUCUCUGCCCACCUGGCCCCUGGCGACCAGCCUGAGAAGGAAUGCCCCGCGCACCAGUGCCUGGAGUGUGACCGCACCUUCUCAUCAGCUGCAGUGCUGAUGCACCACAGCAAGGAGGUGCACGGGAAGGAGCGCAUCCAUGGCUGCCGCAUCUGCAGGAAGGCCUUCAAGCGUGCCACACACCUCAAGGAGCACAUGCUGACACACCAAGCUGGCCCUUCCUUAAGCUCUCAGAAGCCAAGAGUGUUCAAAUGUGAUACUUGCGAAAAGGCAUUUGCCAAACCAAGCCAGCUGGAGCGACACAGCCGCAUUCACACAGGGGAGCGGCCAUUCCACUGCACGCUCUGUGAGAAGGCCUUUAAUCAGAAGAGCGCGCUGCAGGUACAUAUGAAGAAGCACACGGGGGAGAGGCCCUACAAGUGUGACUACUGUGUCAUGGGCUUCACACAGAAGAGCAACAUGAAGCUGCACAUGAAGCGAGCGCACAGCUUUGUCGGAACCUUGCAAGCAGCCACUGUUCCUCAGGAGCAGGAUGGAGAGGAGCUGCGGACACUGCACCUGGAGGAGGUGGUGCAGGAGGCUUCGGGGGAGUGGCAGACCCUCCCCAAUGUGUUCUGAGGCGGCGAGGCCACCUCCAGGUGCUUCUGGAGCAAUGCUGGCAAAGAACAGAGCACUCACAAUUUCUAUUUUAAAGCUUCGAGUAUUAAAAAUGUACCACAAUAUUUUUUAGCUAUAAAAUUAUCUAAAGAAUCAUUGUCUUUCAGAGACUUAUAGCAAAAAAAACUAGGAAAAAAUGUAACCACAUUGUUCUCAUUUGUCUACAAAUCACUGAACUCAGGUACUACAAUAGUCAGUUUCAUCUUCUCCAUGGCCAGUGGAUCUAGUUAAAAAGAAAUUAACUGGAUCUUACUAUUAUUGUAGUGUGAUUUCUUUGUAUUAGCAAAGACAAAAGUUAACAUGAACAAAAUAUGUAAGAUUUUCCCUCAUGCUUUCUGUUAUAAGAAGCAUUGCUUACAAAACAAACACAAGAUAGGUGCAUGAAGUUCAUAAAAAAAAUGUCCUAACAUACAGGGAAGUUUUUUCACUUUUUACUCUGUGCAUUUUGAAAAUUAGUAGCAAUUGACUUUUUAGCCUACCCUAAAUGAAUAUAAGUAAUACCUUGAGAGAUGGCUGGACCAAUUCUCUCUUCAUUAAUCCCUAGUUAGAAUGCAGGACCUGGGGUGCCAGCAGGGGGAAUUGAGGAAACAACCCCCAAGUGAGGACCAGCUGUCUGCACAGGAUGGUGACACACUUGCUGCAUGAGUCUGAUUGGUCAUGUGAGUCAGAUCCCUGCGGAAGCACAAGGCAUAGGCUGCAAGGAGAAAAUGGCAGAAUCGCCUCCUGGGAGCAAGUGCUGUCCCUGUCCACCUCAGUAAAUAAGUUUACUUGUAGUUUAAAGUUAAGAACCUAUAAAAACCCCAUGAUUUCCUCUUCAUGCAUAAAGAGAUGUGUUUUUUAUUUCAGGGAAUUCUUUAGUGUCAUCAGUGGUGCCACAUUAGACACGUCCCAAACCAAAUCCCACCUGUGCUGGGGCAAAGUGCACACGUCAUUCCUGCAGCAUUCCAAAGAUGGAAGGUUCUCUACUUCAUGUUAAUUUUCCUUUGAAAUUAUUUAUAUGUUCUAUAUAUAAAUACAAAUGUACAUAGACAAAUAUAUGGGCCUCUGUGUGGCUGAACAGUAUAUUUUGUAAAUAGAAACACUAGUCCCCAUCUCAGAGAACGCAUCCGAGGCUCACUUACCGAUGAGCACUUAAGAUCGGUAUUGUGUUCAUUUUAUUAAUAAAUGGGUAUCUUUUUCACUGUAACAUAGAGCUGGGUUUUAUUUUUUUUUUUCUGAAAAAUAAUUGCCUUUAUUUUCUCUCUUUGCCUCCUUGGUUUCAGAAGAGAGUAGUUUUAUUAUAAAUAUUGUAUGAACUUUGUAUGUUAAAAGAGAAGCUCAUUUCAGAUUCCUAAAGAAAGAGACAUUUCACUGUUAUUUUGAAAAGUCAUCUUUUGAUUUUGUUGUUUUUCACUUUUGGCAUUUGUAUACAAGUAACAUUGGCAGUGACAUGAAAACUUUUGUUAUGUGAAAAUAUUUAAGUCAGAAAAUUGUUAAAUAAUAUUACCUUUUUCCAAACUACUUUGUGUAUUGUAUAUUUUUUUAAGAAAAGAAAAGCCUUAUUUGACUUCUUGUGAUACUGGACUCAUUAUAAAUCCUGACACUCCCUGAAUGUCAGUGUGUUCACCUGGCUGUGGUAGUAUUUUCAGAAUAAUUGUAAUUGUGCAAGAGUUUUAAAGGCUCUGCUUUUAACGCACUUUUUCUUUUAUAGUUUUGUAUUAAAAUAUUUUAGAAAUGUUAAUUUUAGUGAACAGAUAUCCCCAAAGUUGAAAUUAUUGGAAUUUUAAAUUUCUGUUCUUGCUGGGUUAUUUAUUUUGCUUUUAGCAUUAAAUGUCAUCUCAGGACAUCUCUAAAAAGGGGUGUUAAAUUCUUAAUUGUAUAGAGAACAUAGUUUAGUGACUGUACUGGUUAAUUGUUGUUUAAGUAAGGCCUUAACUGGUGAACCCGAAGCCUACUUUUAUUUUGCUUAAAGAAAAAAAUCUAUCAAUAAUCCA